AAAAAUGGCGGGAGGAGGGUAAAGGUCCAAAGAAAUGAAGCGCCUUCAACAAUUUUAUCCAAUUUCAAAAUUAGGGCAACAUCGCUUAAACCCUAGUUUGCGCAAACAAUUCCCCCAAAUUUCUGGGGAACAAAAUGCUAAAAGGAAGAGAAAGUCUGAGAAGAAUCAUCGGAAAACGUAGGAGAGUUCUCCCUAACCUCCCUCGCAUCCUCUCAUCUUCUCCCACUUCAUCGUCCAACUCUCUGAAAAAUGGAAAUGACAAGUUAAUAAUUCAUGAUUCUGCAAUUACGAAUGCGGAUUCAAAUUCAAUCGACGUUGUUUCGGAAGCUGUUGAUACUUCGAAUGAUUUCGUUACUUGUCCCGUUUGUAGCAGUCAGAUUCGUGGCGAUGAUCGCACCGUUAAUUCACAUCUUGAUUUCUGUCUUGUCAAAGGCACUAAAAGAAAGCUUAGUCAACGCACUCUUCUUCAGUUCAGCUUUUCCUCAAAACUCAAAAGUAGUAAGUGUGCCAAUGAGGGAGUUCACGCAGAAACUAGUGUGAUUCAGGAUUGUGAUCCGACGAAGGAUGAUCUUCCUCAGUUGACCAGCAUUAGCACUGAUGAAGUAACUUGUGCCAAAAGUCAAGGUGAAAUGACGAGACCUCAAGAUGGAACCUCAUCGGAAUCAUCAUUGGCUUUAGAAUCUGUCACAGAACAUGCAGAGAGUUCAGAGAAGAAUAUUGGUGUUGAUAAUAACGAUGAGAUUGUUUAUUCUUAUUCUGUGCCCCUUGAAUCUGGAGCACCAAACUUUGAUGUGGAAGGAAUUCUUACCGAGUUAUCUGAGAUGGCUCUUGAGACGUACAUUGUGGGUCGUAAGUAUGUAGAUACAGCAGAAGUUGUUUCUGGAGCUUGCAUUUGUUUUCUUAGAGACCCUACAAACAUUAAAGAUCAGAAUGCCAUCAAGGUUGUUUCUCCAGAUUCUGACAGUGGAAGAGUCCUAGGUUUUCUUCCUCGGGAAUUGGCUCAGCAUUUGUCACCUUUGAUUGACAAGUAUCAGCUCAAUUUCAAGGGAGUUAUCACUUCAGUCCCGAAGAAUUCCCUGGAUAUUGUGCCCGUCGAGAUAAUGUGCCUUAAUGCAGCAUCUUGUAAUGACGUGGAAAAAGAUGACGUGCCUAUGUUAAAGUCUUUGUGUGUAAAUAUUUUUCGUUUGAUGAAGUCCGGUAAGAUAUGUCCAUCAACCCCCAUAAAGUACCAGGAGAAUUUCCGGCUCAUGAUGGAAGGAGCUUUAAAGGGCAACCUUUGUCUUUUCACAGAUGCUGAGAAGUUAUUCUUAGAUUCUUUCAGCUCGAUGUCAGAUGACAGCCAAAGACUCUUUGUACGGCUCUACACAAGAAAAGGACCUUGGUUUCGCAUAUCUAGUUUUUCUUAUCCAGAAAUACUGGAUUACCAACAAGCAGUUAAUGAGCUAUCAGAAGCAUCUUAUGCUUGUUCUUUUGGCCAUAAGAGUGAAGUUAAUGACAAUGAUAUGGAAGAACUCCUGAAUGUUCUUACAGUGAAUGAGCUGAGUGAGAUCUUGAAAAUACUCAAGAAGGUCAUUCUUCAGGAUUCCAAAAUUGUCUUGAGGAAGAAGGAACUCAUUGCAUUACUUUAUUCUUCAUAUAAAGAUGGACUCUGUCCUCUCCUGCCAAGUCUAAUUGCUGACAGAACAGCAACAUGUGUUCGAAUUUCACCAUUUGCUGAAUCUCUCCUAUGGCGUGUUCAGAGAUUAUUCUUCCUGGAUGGAGAGCAGGAUUUGUCUUCUUUCCUUCUAGUCGACUUACAAAUACUGAAGUAUCCAGAGUACAAAUGUACGAUUUCCUGUCCAGUAUUCUGUUCCAGAAACGACUUGCUUGCUUAUGAAGAGGCAAUUGAAGUCGCGCAAGUCAUGGACCAAUCCCUCGACGAAGGCAACUCAAAAUUGGUGCUACAAUGUAUAGAGAUAGCGGAAUAUCAAUUGUCAAGCUAUUUUAAAAUGAAAAAUCAAGCAUUGCCUUUGGAGUCAGAGGCUCCAUUUCUUCAGCGCUUUUCAGCUGCUUGGGUCAACUCUAAAGUAGUUUUGCUUGGUGUUUCCUUCCAUGAACAAGAACGUAGGUACCAGGAUGCCAUCAAAUUAUUGAAGCUGUUGCUGAACUGUUAUACUUCUGAUGGAAGAAGAGGAUACUGGACAUUAAGAUUGUCAAUCGAUUUAGAACACACGGGCUGUAUUGAAGAGAGUCUCUCAGUUGCAGAAGACGGGGUACUAGACCCAUGGGUUCGUGCUGGUUCAAGAAUGGCAUUGCAGAGGCGGGUCAUACGCUUGGGAAAGCCACCAAGGCGGUGGAAGGCCCCUAGUUAUGCCGCUUCUGUCAAAAGAAAAAUCACAGAGGUUCAAAUCCAUGGGAGACCGUUAAACGGUAAAGUAGGAACGAAGAGCAGAUUUUAUGGCGAAGACGGUGAACAAUGUGGAGUAGAAGAGCUUGCUUUACAGUUUUAUGCAGGGGAAGGGGGUGGCUGGCAGGGUGUCCAUGCAGAGAGUGGCAUUUGGCUGACUAUUUAUGGUCUUCUUAUGUGGGAUGUAAUAUUUUCAGAUGUACCAAAUACCUUCCGUACUAAAUUUCAGAACUCCCCUUUAGAUAUGGACAGUGAUUCUUUCUACGACACCAGAAAAACCAUUAUCGAACCUCAAUUACAGAACAUCCAUGAAGGUAUGGCCGAAGCUAUCCUCAUAAUGUCAUGGGAGUUACAUCAAGGAACUCUUUGCAGGGGUGUCAACUGGGAAAGGAACUCACUUUCUGAGCUUCGUGCCGCUGUUACAUGCAUUGGUGGGCCCUGCUUGGCAAAUCUUUGCCGGCUUCUGGCUCAGGAUUACCGGAGUUGGACCAGUGGAAUGCCUGAUCUUCUCUUAUGGCGCUUUAACGGAGACUACAAGGGUGAAGCGAAACUUGUUGAAGUUAAAGGCCCUAAAGAUAGACUCUCUGAACAGCAACGAGCAUGGUUGCUUAUAUUGAUGGAUUGUGGUUUUACUGCAGAAGUCUGCAAAGUGAACCCUCCACUCCAGCAGUAAUGUGAAGUAGGGGUGAGCGGGACCCGGUACCCGGUCAAAAAUUAAGGAACCGGAACGGGUCAUAACCGGAACCGGAACGGGUCGCGCCGGUACUGCAGAAGUCUGCAAAGUGAACCCUACACUCCAGCAGUGACUUGAAGUUGCUAAUACAGCUGACUUGAAUUCAGAUGAAUGGUGUGCCUCUUUUGUUCCUGUUGCCCUGUUGUAUUUCUGGGUCUCUGUAGGUAAACAGUGGCGGAUACGGAUACAGAUACAGAGGGUUUAAGUGGGGUCACGUGAUCCUACUUGCCAAAAGAAUUUACCUAAUUUUAGUUAAUUUUUCAUUGGGUUUUUUUUAAAAAAAAAUACUUCACAUAAUUUCAGUUAUUUUUUUUUAUUGAUUUUUAAGUAGUGACCCCACUACCUAUACUUUCUGGAUUCGCCAUUGUAGGUAAACCGAUAUUUGAAGGUUUACAGAAGUUGGCUCUUAUUCAGAAGCUGAUUAGAGAAGAUUAAAGCUACGGUUGUUGAGAACAUUGUUUCUGCAUCAGUUUGGAGUUGGGGAAAGGAAAUGGAGCUUGCAUAUACAGUAUGGACUAUGGAGUAAUUUAAAAGUGGCAACUGUAAUAUGAUCACCACAAAUACACAAAUUCACAAGCCUUUAAACAAUGCUAUGUUGACCUGUUAUACUCUGUAAUUUUUUUUGAUUGAGAACGAGAAUGAAACAUUAAGAGGCUCUCUGCUGUAGGGUGACGUGUGAUCUUUUCAUACUAUGUAUGAGAUUCAAGUAAAUUUUUUUGAAGUACUCAAAAUCUCAAAUAGGUUGAGGGGAUGAGGGCCUCGUUGUUGAAACUUGAAAGUGUGUGACCAGGGAUCAAACCGUGUGAAAUGCCAAAUCUAGGGAUUCAAAUUUUAAACUCCAUUGUCUUUCUCCGAAUAAAUUUUGUUCUGGGUUUAA